GCUGAUAAACUUCGCGUGAACGACUAGAGGCGCGCCUGGUCUCUUUUGAACUCCUUCGGCCACCGUCGUUACGUCACCUCCUGCACGCUUUUUCUGCACCUGCGCAUUGCUAGAACACAGUUCUUUUCAGUUGUCGGGAAAGGACGUUGGUGUCGAGGACAGUAACGACCAUGAGUUCCAGUGUGGUGGCGAAACCUCAGAUGCGGGGCCUUCUGGCCAGGCGUCUGCGGAUUCAUAUUGUUGGAGCAUUUGCUGUCUCCCUGGGAGUUGCAGCUCUGUAUAAGUUUGGUGUGGCUGAACCAAGAAAGAAGGCAUAUGCAGAUUUCUACAGAAAUUAUGAUUCCAUGAAAGAUUUUGAAGAAAUGAGGAAGGCUGGUAUCUUUCAAAGUGCAAAGUGAUUUAGGAAUACAAAGGUUUCUUUGGAUUCCGUUCCAUAGAUGUUUGUCACUGAUCAGCGUUCCUGAAUUGUGAAACAUCAGUAUGUGACCAAGGAAUACUUAGUUCCUUAUGACAAAUAAACACUUGUGUGGACAGUAAA